UUAAGAUGGAGUCCAUUGUUGAUCAAAAUCUGGGAGAAAUUUUCUACGAAAACUUUAAGGCAAUUGGAGAUACUGAAAUGAUAGCACUGAUCAAUAAAGUUAACAACAAAAAAAUUUCAUACAGAGAAUUAUUUGUCGCGAGUUUGAAAACUGCUCGUAAGUUAAAAGAUUUGGGUAUCAAGGAAGGAGACUUCGUCGGAAUCAUGAGUGACAACCGCUUGGAGUACAUAGUACCAAUCUUGGCGUGCUUCUAUCUGCGCGUCAUCAUCCAUCCGACUAAUUCUAGCUAUCAUUUAACUGAAUUGAAGCAUGCUUAUAGCAAUAGCAAACCUAAAAUUAUCUUCACUUCGAACGAUAAAAUCGGAAAAGUCGUAGAACUGCAGAACGAAACGGAUUACAUAAAAAAGAUAAUUAAUUUUGAUGAUAACUAUUUGGAUAUUAUAGAAGGUGGCGCAAUUUUGGAAUCGAUUGAAAAGUCUUCGGAUUGCGAUAGGAAAACAACAGCAAUUCUGACUUCUUCUGGUACAACGGGACAUCCCAAAUCCGUGGCCCUAACUCAGGGAAACUUCAAAUUUGCAAUGAGCAAUUUCAAGUACCCAAUUUUUUCGUAUUCGUCUGAAACCAUUAUUAUAGGAAUGUUGCCAUUCUAUCAUAUUUUUGGAUUAUUGCAAAUAAUAUCAAUUUUGUAUUAUCGAGUUAAAAUGGUUAUUCUUCCGAAAUUUCAACCUGUUCUAUUCUGUGAGAUUGUAGAGGAAUAUAAAGUGCCUAUAUUAUCGAUUGUUCCAUCGAUUGCCGACUUCCUUGCCAAACACCCGAUCGUCGAUAAAUAUAAUUUUAAGUCUGUGAACGACAUAGUUUGCUCUGGUGGUGCUCUUGGUUACGAAAUUCAAACUAUUUUGGAGAAAAAAUUUAACUGUGCAGUACGACAAUAUUAUGGGAUGACCGAGACUACCGGCUUAAUAAUGGCCUGCAUUCUAGGGAAAAAAUGCAAACCAGGAAGCAUCGGUACGCCUGUGCCGGGUGUAGAAAUCGCAGUGAUUGAUGCUCAAACGAAUAAUACCUUAGGUGCAAAUAAGCCUGGCGAAAUUUGCGUAAAGGGCGAUCUGGUUAUGAAAGAGUAUUUGGGAAAUCCUGAAGCCACUCGAGCCACUAUAGAUGAACGAGGUUUCUUGCAUACCGGCGACAUCGGUUAUUUCGUUGAAGAAGGCGAUUUCUUUAUCGUAGACAGAUUGAAGGACUUGAUCAAAUACAAAAGCUUUCAGGUUUCUCCCGCAGAAUUAGAAGAUGUUCUCAAGUCUCACAACGAGAUCACAGAUGCCGGAGUUAUUGGGGUACCAGAUGAAAGAGCCGGUGAACUACCAAUGGCUUUUGUCGUCAAAGUGAAAAACUCUAAGAUAUCCGAGCAAAAUAUUAUAGAUUAUGUUGCAGAACGAAUCUCAGUACAGAAGCAUUUGCACGGUGGUGUGAGGUUUGUCGACGACCUACCAAAAAAUUCUACUGGAAAAUUGCUUAGGAAGCAACUUCGAGAAAUGUUAUAA